CUCUUUAAUUUCUCUUUGCCAUAACUAAAUCACACAGUUGCUUCUCUUUACCCUGCAUGGUUCCCUCUUUCUUUAUAUUACCACCAUAUAUUCUUGUUUUACUUCCAAUUUCCCUUUCCUUUCUUCAAUCUAUUAGUGUAGAUUUUAAAUAACAAAUUCAUCAGCGUGCGAAUAUUAACUUUACCCACUACUCAUUGUGAAAAUAGAACUCAGAAUGCCAACUGCAAAUCCUGAUCAAGAAAAUGAAUUAUUUGCUGAGGUUGAUCCAUUCGGGAGGUUUGGACGGUAUGAAGAGCUUCUAGGCCGUGGUGCAGAGAAGAUGGUGUAUAGGGCAUUUGAUAUUGCGGAAGGCAGAGAAGUCGCCUGGAAUCAGAUUAAAUUGAACAAAUUUCAUGGCGACGCUUUCAUCAUCAAUAAGAUAUAUUCUGAGAUCGAGUUGCUGAAGAACUUGAAGAAUGACAACAUCAUAGUCAUGUACCAUUUCUGGAAGGACUGUGAGAAGAACAUUCUGAAUUUCAUAACUGAGGCAUGUGCGUCUGGUAAUUUGAGGGAUUACAGGAAGAAGCAUCGUCAUGUUUCGAUAAAGGCCUUGAAGAAGUGGUCAAGACAGAUACUAAAAGGCUUGGAUUAUCUCCAUACACAUGACCCUUGUGUCAUUCAUAGAGACCUCAAUUGCAGUAAUAUCUUUAUCAACGGUAAUGUUGGAAAGGUAAAGAUUGGUGAUCUUGGUCUGGCAACAAUUGUGGGGAAGAACCAUGCAGCACAUACUCUACUAGGGACACCAGAGUAUAUGGCACCAGAGCUUUAUGAAGAGGACUACACCGAGUUGGUGGAUAUAUACUCAUUUGCUAUGUGCUUGGUUGAAAUGGCUACUAUUGAGAUACCUUACAGUGAAUGUGACGGUAUAGCCAAACUAUACAAGAUGGUAACUGCUGGAAUAAAGCCUCAAGCUCUUAACAGGGUGAGCGAUCCUGAGUUGAAGGCCUUCAUUUUAAGGUGCAUCGGGCAGCCAAGAGCAAGACCCUCAGCCGCUGAACUGUUGAAGGAUCCGUUCCUUUCUGAUGUUGUCAGUUAUGAUGAGAAUUAAUGAUCUUUUGAUAGCUGAUUCAUUUUGUUCAAGUUUUGCUAGUUAUUGAGUAAUGUUCUUUAUUGUAGCUCAAUAUUAAUUUGGAAUAAUUCUGUUCUUGAUCAUGCAAGAUACAAAAGACAGUCUCAGUAUCACACCUUUUCUGCUCAAUAGAAGUUAAGUGUUGUAUAGAGAUCCAUUGAGAUGUAUAGUUUGAAGGAA